UGGUGCCAUUGCAACAGGGAGCAGGGGUAGACCACGACUGGACAUCGGGCAGGAACAGCUGAUAUUUCUAGUUGAUCAUGGCUUUUCUGUUUCAUCGAUAGCUGAGCUACUUGGAGUGUGCAGGAGUACUGUCAACAGACGAAUGCGUGAAUGGGAUCUAUCGGUAGCUCGAAGGUACGCAGAUAUAAACGAUGCUGAGCUGGACAGAACCGUGCUAGAGAUCAAACGGGGAUUUCCGGACGCUGGAUACAGUAUGAUUGAUGGACUGCUGCGAUCAAGAGGUAUUAUCAUCCAGCGACAUAGGAUACGCCUGUCGGUAGCUAGAGUUGACCCGAUUGGAGUUGCUGAACGAUGGGCUACUUCAAUUCCUAGGAGAGUUUACCGUGUCAGUGGACCUAAUGCGUUGUGGCAUGUAGACGGAAACCACAAGCUGAUACGAUGGCAUUUUGUCAUCCAUGGUGGAGUAGACAGAUAUAGUCGAAUACCCGUGUUUUGUAAAUGCUCUACUAACAACCGUGCGACAACAGUGUUGGAGUCUUUUCUAGAAGCUGUUCGACAGUUUGGGUUGCCAUCAAGGGUAAGGUCAGACAAAGGAAUGGAAAAUGUAGAAAUAUCAAGGUUUAUGUUAGAACACAGAGGACCAGGACAGGCAGUAUGA